CAAGUUUCACAUGAUUCAACCAAGUCUUUCCAACAAACAAGUGAAUCCUCACCCAUAUUAUGGAAAAUGGGGAAAAGUGCAAAAAGCUCUAAUUUCAUGAUUCAACCAACCCCGCACGAACAAUACUGCUGGACCACAACUCAAAGGUUACCCCCCGCAUGACGCAUAAUUGACAAUUUUGCCCCUCUCAACCUCUUUAAGAGCCCUCCUUCCCCACAUUGCCAACGUAACAAUCCCAGCAUGGCCAACAACAUAACACUCCUGCACAGAGAAAAACAGCACCUAGAACCCCUUGAGAGAGAUAAUGGAGGAGAACAUAUCUUUACCAGCAAAUUUCCAGCAGUUCCGGUGCCAUACCUCACUUUGCCGGAAUUUGUCCUUGAGAAUUGGGAGAAAUAUGAAGAAAAGGUGGCCAUAGUCGAAGCAAUCGGAGGAAAAGAGUUCACGUAUCGCCAAGUUGUAGAUGGAGUGAGAGACUUCGGCAAUGGCCUCAAGGGCAUGGGCAUGGUGAAGGGCAGUGUGGUAAUUGUGCUCCUCCCGAACAUAGCCGAGUACCCGAUCAUUGCCCUAGGGGUCAUGUCAGCCGGUGGUGUCUUCUCGGGGUCGAACCCACUCGCGCACCCGUCGGAGGUCCGGAAGCAGGUUGAGGACUCAGGGGCCAAGCUCAUAGUCACCAAUGGCCCCUGCUAUGAGAAGGUGAGGGACCUAGGCAUACCAGUUCUUAUAGUAGGAGGCGAUCCCAUUGAAAACACCAUACCAUGGGAAGAGUUGCUCAAAAGAGGGCGGAAUAAUGACCAUUUUGCCCUCAAGGGAGAUCUCUUGAGUGAAAAUGACCAAUUUGCCCCUACCAGCAAGGGGUCAGAUGAAAAUAUCCAUUUUACCCCUGACCACGCUACGGGUUGGAAAAAUGACCAUUUUACCCCUAAACAAGGCGAGGUGGUGUGCCAAGAUGACCUCUGCGCCCUCCCUUACUCAUCAGGGACCACUGGCACCUCCAAAGGGGUGAUGCUAACCCAUCGGAACCUCGUCGCCAACAUGUGCUCUACGCUAUUCGGGGUGACGCCCGAGAUGAUCGGCGAGUUCACGACACUGGGCCUGAUGCCAUUCUUCCACAUCUAUGGGAUCACAGGCAUUUGUUGUGCAACAUUGAGGAACAAGGGGAAGGUGGUGGUGAUGUCGAGGUUCGAGCUGAGGUUGUUCCUUGAUGCUCUGAUCACACAUGGUGUGAACUUUGCGCCGAUUGUGCCCCCAAUCAUGCUGUCUCUUGUGAAGAACCCCAUUGUUGACGAGUUUGAUCUUUCAAGGCUGAAGCUCCGAUCGGUGAUGACGGCCGCUGCUCCCCUUGCCCCUGAUUUGCUCCAAGUGUUUGAGCAGAAGUUCCCUGGCGUGCAAGUCCAAGAGGCGUACGGUCUCACCGAGCACAGUUGCAUUACCAUGAGUCACUGCACAUCUGAAGAAGCGGGUGGCGUCGCAAAGAGGACCUCAGUUGGUCUCAUUCUACCAAACCUCGAAAUCAAAUUUAUUGACCCGGACACGCGGAUUUCUCUUCCCAAAACCACCAUUGGAGAACUCUGUGUUAGAAGCCAAUGCGUUAUGAAAGGUUACUAUAAGAAUGAAGAGGAGACAGCAAGGACCCUAGACUCUGAAGGUUGGCUUCAUACUGGUGAUGUUGGUUACAUAGAUGAUGAUGGGCAUGUGUUCAUUGUGGAUCGAAUCAAGGAGCUCAUCAAAUACAAAGGUUUUCAGGUGGCUCCUGCUGAGUUAGAAGCCAUACUGCUUUCCCAUCCUUCAGUUGAAGAUGCUGCUGUUGUCGCGGUGGCUGAUCAAGAAGCUGGCGAAAUCCCAGCUGCUUGUGUUGUCAUGGCUCCAACCUCAAAGGAGAGUGAAGAGGAGAUCAUGAAGUAUGUGGCCUCCAAUGUGGCCUCCUACAAGAGAGUGAGAGUGGUGCAUUUUGUCAAUUCAAUUCCAAAAUCACCCUCAGGCAAGAUACUAAGAAGGUUGCUGAGAGACAGUGUCAUGAGGCGCUUGAAUUCAAGUUCUAACACCUCAAAAGACCAUGGCUCUGCCCAAAGUGCUUGAGAUCUAUCUAUUAGGGAAGAUGGGAGCACUAAUGUGGUCAAUGCAAAAUGCAAGGGGUUUAAUGUUUUCAAUGAUACCUUAACAUUUUACUAAGAAUGAAUUGAUAACCUUGUGUUACUUAAAUAGAACUUUUGAUACAUGAAAUAGGAUUUCAGCCAGGAAAAGUGUCA